AUGUACGCCAGCCCGACAACAAGCGAAGGGUCAACGCCAGUCGGGAGAAUCAUAGUUGACAAACAAGUAGUUCCGAGGCGCGAAACAUCUUCCUCUCAAAUGGCUCAACAAUACGGCUCAUGGGAUAUAUCCAACCCUGGGCACUCCUACGAACACCACAACAUCGUCAAGGUCUUGAUUCCAAUAUCUGUGGUUGGAUGGAUGCUCUUCGGGGCGAUAUGCAUCUUGUGCAUCAAUGGCCGCGGGCGAGCCGGUCGAUGGAUUCCUGAGUGGUACCUUGAUUCUGAGGGAAAGCGCUGGGACAAGGCUGCUGUGGGAGCGUGGUGGCUCGCGGUCUUAUUUGGGUGGCCAUUGAUUCUACCUGGCGUGGUUGUAGGGUCCUUGUCGAGGAAGCUGAGGAUGUGGCGUGCCGAGAAGAGGCUGAAGACACAGAAAACGGGGAAGGAACUGGAUCCAGACGACAAGGUCUAG